AUGGCAUCCCAGGCCUUAUUGGAGCUGCAGCUCUCUAACCAAAGCCAGCAGGCGUCUCCCAACAUCACCUCCUGCAAGGAUGCUCCAGAAGCCUGGGACCUGCUGUAUAGGGUGCUGCCAGGCUUUGUCAUCACCAUCUGUUUCUUUGGCCUUCUGGGGAAUCUUUCAGUACUGUCCUUCUUCCUCCUGCCUCGGCAGCGGCGGAGACAACACCGCUUAACCGUCGCCGAAAUCUACCUGGCUAACUUGGCAGCUUCUGAUCUGGUGUUCGUCCUGGGGCUACCCUUCUGGGCAGAGAACAUCGGGAACCGUUUCAACUGGCCCUUUGGCACUGAACUCUGCAGGGUGGUCAACGGGAUCAUCAAGGCCCAUCUGUUCAUCAGUAUCUUCCUGGUGGUGGCCAUCAGUCAGGACCGCUACCGGUCCCUGGUAUAUCCCAUGACCAGCCGAGGGUCCCGGCGGCGGCGGCAAGCCCAGGCCACUUGUCUGCUCAUCUGGGUAGCAGGGGGCCUCUUGAGCAUCCCCACGUUCCUACUACGUUCUGUCAGAGUCGUCCCCGACUUGAACAUCUCUGCCUGCAUCCUGUUUUUCCCCCACGACGCUUGGCAUUUUGCAAGAAUGGUGGAGUUGAACAUUUUGGGUUUCUUCCUCCCAUUGACUGCCAUCAUCUUCUUCAACUAUCACAUCCUGGCAUCCCUGAGAGGGCAGAAGGAGGCCAGCAGAACGAGGUGUGGGGGUCCCAAGGGCAGCAAGACGACGGGGCUGAUCCUCACUCUGGUGGUCUCCUUCCUGGUCUGCUGGGCUCCCUACCACUUCUUUGCCUUCCUGGAUUUCCUGGUCCAGGUGAAGGCAGUCCAGGACUGCUCCUGGAAGGAAUUCACGGACCUGGGCCUGCAGCUGGCCAACUUCUUUGCUUUCAUCAACAGCUGCCUGAACCCACUGAUUUAUGUCUUUGCGGGCCGGCUUUUAAAAAGCAGGGUCUGGGAACAUUAUAAGAGAUGCAGCCCUGGAAGUCUCGUGUCCAUAUCCCCCAAUAGGAAAGAACUCUUUCAACUGUUCUGGCAGAAUUGA